GUAAAUUUUUGUAUGAUUUUUUAAGGAUUUUUUGUGAAAUUUAGUAUUUUAUUAUUUUUUGAUUAAAUUGGAAUUUUAGAAAAACUUUAUAAAAAUAUUAAAAGUUUAGUUUAAAAUAUUUUAAAAUUAAUUUACAAGUGUGACAUUUUUUAAGAUCCAAUGUAAAUAAUCGGAAAUAAUUAAGCAUUUUUUAAUAUUCCUAAUUUCCUAUAAAAGACAAACACUUUUUAAAUAAGAAUAAAAAAUAAAAAAAAAAAUAAGAAUAAAAUUACAAAAAUGCACUGUAAUUUACAUUUUGUGAAUAGUUUUUCAAAUUUUGUGAAUCGAAAGAGAAUUUGCAGUCCAGGAGACAAUGUGAAAGUGACUAUUGAUCUCCACUUUAAGCAAGCUACUAAAGUUGAUGAAGUUGCAAUUCAUGUCAUUGGAGUCGCCAAGAAUAAGUUCAUGAAGCAGCGUCCUGGCAAUAAUGGCAAACUCCUUACCAGCAGUGUUGAACUCAUAAACAAGAAAAUUGAAGUUGUCAAGAAUGCAGAUUUUACAACUGGAAUGCACAAGUUUCGCAGCUCAUUUUUACUUCCUAAAAAUCUACCAUCAAGCUUUAAAUUUGAAAAUAAUGCAACAAGCAAGCUAACAAGAUGGAAGAAGACUGGAUGCACUAUAAAAUAUAAAAUUCAACUCUCAGUUCAUCGACCAAACAGUCCGACCAAAAAGUAUGAAUAUUCAAUUGAGCUGGUUAGAUUGCUAGACUUGAAUGAGGUCAUGCCACCUCUAAACAGGCCACGAGAAAUCAAGACAUCAAGUGCUAAUGGAAUAUCUAAAGAUUUUGUAAUGACAGCUGUUAUUCCUCAAAGGGGAUAUUGUAGUGGAGAGGAUAUAACCUUAAAAUUAAUGGUUGAUAAUGGAUCUACUGUGCAUGUCAAAGGUAUUGAUAUUUCCUUAGUGCAAAAGAUUAUUCUUGCAAGCAUCGUCAAUAAAGAGCCACUAGAGAAAGAAGAAGAGGAAUGGAUAAUUACAGAAGCAACAGAAGAAUGCGAUGAAGUUCCAGCAGGUGAAAAGCGGGAAUUCAUCAAAGUCAUCAAAGUUCCUCCACUUCACCCAGACAUCGACAAUUGUGAUUUGAUUCAAGUUUGUUACCGGAUUUGGAUUCGAGUCAAGACUAAUGAAAUUGGAAAGAGAGAAACUUUAAUCAUUCCAAUUUUGAUCGGAAGUAUUGAGCUUAAGAAGCCUGAAGUCCCAAAACCUGGAGAACUAGCUGGAAAAAAGACAAACUUAAAGUUGAAUUUAAAUAACACUGAUCAGUCUUUAAGGCACAAUUCAAAUGUUUGUACAUGUACAUGCUCAUGUGCUCACUGUUCAAGAAUCAAAAUUGUGACUGUAUCUGAUCCAGGAAGUCCAGAUGGUUCAAUUAUUCCAGCAUCACCAGAUAUUCCACAAACUCCACUUUCACCGUGUGUCAUGAACUUUGAUACUGCACCAGCUAUUAUGAUUACUUCAAUCACUCCCGAAGGUGUUGAGGAAGAAGCCAAGUAGAUUAAUUUGUGGAUUUGUCACAUUUUAAAUCCAUUUUAUAAUCUAUAAUAAUCUACGAGUAGGCAAUAUGUCGCGUGCCUAUGUAAAAUAUCCAAAAGUAUUAAUUCUUAUCAUUAUCAUUCAUGUUAAUGUCAAAAUAGCUUCUAUUGCAUGCCGUUCUUGCUACAAAAAUAAAAAUACCAAUAAAUAUUUUAUUAUUUUAAUUUA